AAUAGUUACUUUCCAUUUGCACUCACUGAUACUGAGUCACUCAGUUAUGUGAGUAUUUCAUACUCAGACAAUGACGUCAUUGACCUGCUUAUUUUGGUAACAAAGCUAUCACAUAAUUAUAUAGAUUCAUAACCUCACUUUUAGUGUGAGUCUAUUAGACUCACUAAAGCACACGGUCUCGAUCGUGUGCAGAAACCACGUAAAAACUCAGUUGAAUCUCACUUGCUAGCAUCAAAAGGAACGUGCAUUCAACUGAGUUAUGACGUCACAAGUGAGAAUUAUCUGAGUUUUGAUAUAAUUAUAAAAUGCUUGAUACAAUAGCUAAGAACUUAAAUUUGAAAGUACCAGUUGUGCAACUAAGUAAAUAUGCUGUCAAUAAUAAUGUUGACACGGAUACUGUUGCUCAAAAUACAACUGGUGAAUCUGAAUGUAUUAUUGAAACAACAAAGAAUUUUCAAACAUUUCCUACUGAAGUUAUAAAUAUUGAAAAGUUAACGAAACAAAAUGAUACGUUAGAUAAAAAUCUCAGUACUGAAUUGCGAAAUGAAUUUAUCUCUAAUGUCAUGUCAAACUACAAUCUAUGUAUAAAUACAAGUGAAAAUCUAAGUUUGGAAAUACCAGACGUGCCAUUAAAUAAAGACAUUGUCAAUGAUAAUGUUGAUAUGCAUAUUGUUGCUCGUAAUGCAAUUGAUGAAUCUGAAUGUAUUAUUGACACAAUAGAGAAUUUUCAAACGCUUCCUACUGAAAUUAUAAAUAUUGAAGAACUGACAAAACAAAAUGAUAAGUUUGACAAAAAUAUCAGUACUGAAUUAUUACCAAAUGAAUCUGCUUCUAAUGUUACGUUGCAAGAAUAUAAUUUAUGUAUAAAUACAAGUGAAAAUCUAAGUUUGGAAAUACCAGACGUGCCAUUAAAUAAAGACAUUGUCAAUGAUAAUGUUGAUAUGCAUAUUGUUGCUCGUAAUGCAAUUGAUGAAUCUGAAUGUAUUAUUGACACAAUAGAGAAUUUUCAAACGCUUCCUACUGAAAUUAUAAAUAUUGAAGAACUGACAAAACAAAAUGAUAAGUUUGACAAAAAUAUCAGUACUGAAUUAUUACCAAAUGAAUCUGCUUCUAAUGUUACGUUGCAAGAAUAUAAUUUAUGUAUAAAUACAAGUGAAAAUCUAAGUUUGGAAAUACCAGACGUGCCAUUAAAUAAAGACAUUGUCAAUGAUAAUGUUGAUACGCAUACUGUUGUUCGUAAUGAAUCUACUUCUGAUGUUAUGCUGCCAGAAUACAAUUUAUAUAAGGAUAUACUUAAUCAAUUUGAAAAAAAAGAUACUAAUAAUAAUUCUACAUCAGACAACAAUUUCGAUCGAACAGUGAUGUUUUCAUUUGAAGAAUUACAUGAUUUAGACAUAUCUCUAAAUAAUGUCAUUGCAGUAUAGAUGAAAAUAAUGUGGUUAACA